AUGCAUGCUAGCUGUCGACGAUAUCGACCAGCCGACCCCUACCUCAAAGAGGCCAUCAAGGUGUGUGAGAAGACAAACGAGCGGACUUCAGCGCUGCGGUCGUUCCGCGAAUCUGUCCAACUGCGUUUGAACCCAAGCCUGGGCGACUAUGUUGCCACUAUCGGCGAAUGUGGGAAUCGCAGACAUUGGCAACGGGCUGUGUGGCUUGUCAGCGAAAUGGUCGAAGCGAUGCUUGAAUCUAGCGUCAAGGGCUGCAACGCUGGGAUCAGCGCAUGCGGGAAAGCCAAGCAGUGGCAUCAGGCUGUGCGGUUGCUCAGAGAGGCACGGGAGGAAACAUUGGAGCUCAACGCCAUCUUUCCUACAACUGCUGGGAUCAGCGCGUGCGAGAAGUGCGAGCAGUGGCAGCGGGCUUUGGCUUUGCUCAGCGAGGUGUGGCAGGCGAAGUUGGAGCCCGACGUCUUCUCUCUGCUACAGCGCUGGGAUCAGUGCGUGCGAGAAAGACACGCAGUGGCAGCAAGCUCUGGCGUUGUUCACCGAUGUGUGUGA